UGAAAAUGUAUGCGCGUUGUUAUUUCCAAGGUCAUUAAGGACAAAGUUCGCUUAAAUGGACCAUCCAGUGACACUAAACGAUGACGCAAUAUUUGUAAACAUUCUAUCACGACUUCCGAGAAUAUUUAGUGGUCUUGGGAUAGCUUGUAUAUUCUUCGCAAUUUUCUAUCACUUCUAUGGCUCAUAUUCUCCACUGUUCAUACAACAUUUUCUCCUGUUUGGAAAGUCGAACCCUCAGUAUUGUGAAUAUUUGAAGUAUUCAAGAGUUCCUAAAAGGUAAUUCUGUAGUAAUGUGUCCUGUUUCAGUUUGCUACACUUCAGAAUUAGUUUUUAUUGUUCCCCAUUAAUCAUUGUCAAGUGUUUUAUACAAACGUGUAGCUGUGACUCUUUUGCAAACGAAUAUGUUAGUAUUUCUUGAAUUCCCACCUUCAUCCACACAAAAAAUGUCAAGGAUGGUUUAAAUAUUUUUACAUGAUUGGUAUAUUCUCUACAUUAUGUAUCCUAAUGGUUGAAUUAUUUAUGCUAUGUUCAGUACUCAACAAAACCAUAAUUUCUGUUUUAAUCAUAUAUUUGGUACAUGUUUCACGUCGACUGUAUGAGUGCGAAUACGUUUCCGUAUUCAGUAAUUCUCAAAUGAGUUUCAUGCACUUUUUGAUGGGUAUUGGAUUCUAUAUUGUCGCUCCUAGUUCAAUUUUGCUUUCUCAAAGUAAUGCAGCUGAACGAUCAUAUUUGACUAUUGGCUUAUUUAGUGUUCACAUGUUAAUACUCCAGUAUUUGCAGGAUUUGGUUUUCCGACAGUUAGCUGCCUUGCGUUCAGGGAAAAACAAAAACUCAGACAAGUUAUCGGAGAAAAAGUAUUAUCCACCCGAAGGGAGCAUGUUUUAUUGGGUAUCGUGCCCGCACUACAUACUUGAAAUAUCAAUCUACUUAUCAUGUCAAUUAUUUAUUACACCUAAAUGGAUACCAUUUUCGCAUAUAUUAUUUUUCACAAUAUGCAAUCAAUUAUGCUGUAUAUGGCUAAAUCAUAAUUGGUAUAAAAAUAAUUUCCCUGAGUGGGCAUCUAAACGUGCUAUGCUGAUUCCUUAUGUAUGGUGAAUAUAAAAAUGUAUGUUCACUUCUCUCAAACAUAAACAUCUUGAUGUAAAAUAUUUUUUAGUUGGUGUUAGACUAUUCAUUUUAUUCAACUGACUACGCAUUAUCUAAUAUUUUUUAUGUGAUUGUUUUCCGAAGAUGCUCCGUUUUGUGAUAUUUUUCUUUUCUAUUCGAAAAGUUAUUGUAAUGUAAGUACAUUCUUCCUUAAGAGCUGUUUUGAAUUAAGGAGAACCUAUCAAAAGAAAAGCUAUUAAUUAUUGAGUAUUCAUAUUUUAGAGAUCACAGAUAAUUUCGUCAGACACUCACUAAUGUGCUUCGUGGUAAUACAUCAAUGCAAUGGC